AUGUCUCUCUCUCUCCUCCUUUUCCCUUUUUUUUUUAUCGCUCUCUCACUGUUUGCCUUUUGCCUCUCUUUCUUUUCCCUUUUUGACUCUAUCCUUCCCCAUUUUGUCUCUCUCUCUCUCUCUUUUCCCCUUUUUUAUCUAACUCUCUCUUUAAACUUUAUGUUGUCUCUUUUACAGUUGUCUCUUUCUCUCUUUUACCCCUUUUGUCUUUUUCUGUCUUUCUCCUUUUUGCCUCUCUCUCUCUUUCCUAUUUUCGACCCUCUCACUUUUCCCCCCUUUUUUCCCUCUCGCUUUUCCCCUUUUGUCUCACUCACUCUUUCACCUCUCUUUUGCUUUUUUCUCUCUCUCUCUCUUUCCGCUUUGUCUCUCUGUUUCUUUCCUUUUCCCCUUUUUGUCUCUUUCUCUCUCUCUUUUCCCUUUUUGUCUAUCUCUUUCUUUUCCCCUUUUUGUCUCUCUCUCUUUUUCCCUUUUGUCUCUCUCUCUCUCUUUCCCUCUUUUUGUCUAUCUCUUUCUUUUCCUCUUUUUGUUUCUUUCUUUUCCCCUUUUUGUCUCUCUCUCUUUUCCCCUUUUGUCUCUCUGUCUCUCUCUUUCCCUUUUUUUGACUCUAUCUCUUUUCCCCUUUUUGACUCUCUCUCAUUCUCUUUUCCUUUUUGUCUCUCUCUUUCUUUUCCCCUUUUUGUCUCUCUCUCUCUCUUUCCCUUUUGUCCCUCUGUCUCUCUCUUUCCCCCUUUUUGUCUAUCUCUUUCUUUUCCCCUUUUUGUCUCUCUCUCUCUCACUCUCUUUUCCUUUUUGUCUCUCUCUUUUUCCCUUUUGUCUCUCUGUCUCUCACUUUCCCCCUUUUUGUCUAUCUCUUUCUUUUCCCCUUUUUGUUUCUCUCUUUUCCCUUUUUGUCUCUCUCUCUCACUCUUUUUUCCAUUUUGUCUCUCUCUUUCUUUUCCCCUUUUUGUCUCUCUCUUUUUCCCUUUUGUCUCUCUGUCUCUCACUUUCCCUCUUUUUGUCUAUAUCUUUUUUUUUCCCUUUUGUUUUUCUCUUUUUUCUUUUUGUGUCUCUCUCUCCUCUCUUUUCCAUUUUGUCUCUCUCUUUCUUUUCCCCUUUUUGUCUCUCUCUUUUUCCCUUUUGUCUCUCUGUCUCUCUCUUUCCCUUUUUUCCCUCUUUGUCUCUUUCUUUUUCCCUCUUUGUCUCUCUCUUUUUCCCUUUUGUCUCUCUCUUUCCCUCUUUUUGUCUAUCUCUUUCUUUUCCCCUUUUUGUUUCCCUCUUUUCCUUUUUUGUCUCUCUCUCUCACUCUCUUUUCCUUUUUGUCUCUCUCUUUCUUUUCCCCUAUUUGUCUCUCUCUUUUUCCCUUUUGUCUCUCUGUCUAUCUCUUUCCUUCUUUUUGUCUAUCUCUUUCUUUUCUCCUUUUUUUUUCUCUCUUUUCCCCUUUUUGUCUCUGUCUUUCUUUUCUCCCGUUUGUUUCUCACUCCAUCCUUUUUGCCUCUCUCUCUCUCUCUCCCUUCUUUUUCUUCUUUUGUCUCUCUCUAUGUUUUCCCCUUUUUUUCUCUCUCUCUCUUUUCCUUUUGUUUCUCUGUCUCUGUCUUUUCCCCUUCUUCUCUCUCUCUCUCUCUCUCUCUCUCUUUCUUUUCUCCUUUUUGUUUCUCGCUCUUUCCGUUUUUGUCUCGGUCUCUUUUUUCUUUUUGUCUGUCUGUCUCUUUUCCCCAUUUUUGUCUCUCUCUCUCUCUUUUCCUUUCUUUGUCUCUCUAUUUCUUUUCUUUUUCUCUCUCUCUCUCUGCCCCUUCAAUGGCGUAUGAACUGCAAUUUGGCAACCAUCUUUCGAGUUAUGGUCGGAGUAGGAAUCUGGACCCAUCGACGUCACUUUUUUUUUCUUUUUUUUACUAA